GAGAUGUCCAUCCCUGCCCUCAGGGGCGUUCAGUUCUCCAGGAAAGUGUGGAAAGCAUUCCAGCCUUCACUUAAUUCUGUUAAGAAAAAUCCCUGCAGUUCACUUAGCCCACCAUGCUUUACUGAGGAAGACCGAUUCAGCCUAGAAGCUCUCCGCAUGAUCCAUAAACAAAUGGAUGAUGACAAAGAUGGUGGUAUUGAAGUAGAUGAAAGUGAUGAGUUUCUAAGGGAAGAUAUGCAGUACAAGGAUGCCUCUAAUAAACAUAGUCACCUGCACAGAGAAGACAAACAUAUCACCAUUGAGGAUCUGUGGAAGCGCUGGAAAACAUCUGAAGUUCAUAACUGGACUCAAGAGGACACUCUUCAGUGGCUUUCAGAAUUUGUUGAACUGCCACAAUAUGAAAAGAAUUUCAGAGAGAGCAAUGUCAAUGGAACAACACUUCCCAGGAUAGCAGUAAAUGAACAUGCUUUCAUGAUCUCUCACUUGAAAAUAAUUGACCGGAGCCAUAGACAGAAGCUUCAGCUUAAAGCCUUGGAUGUGGUUUUAUUUGGACCUCUUACCCGUCCCCCUCACAACUGGAUGAAGGAUUUUAUAUUAACAGUUUCUAUAGUUAUUGGUUUUGGAGGCUGCUGGUUUGCAUAUACACAGAACAGAACCUCAAGAGAACAUAUCACAAAAAUGAUGAAGGACUUAGAAAGUCUUCAAACAGCAGAGCAAAGUCUUCUUGACUUGCAGGAAAGGCUUGAGAAGGCACAAGAAGAGAACAGAAAUGUUGCUGUGGAAAAGCAAAAUCUGGAGCGCAAAAUGAUGGAUGAGAUCAAUGAUGCAAAACGGGAAGCUCAUCGCCUAAGGGAAUUGAGGGAGGGAGCUGAAUGUGAGCUCAGCAGGCUCAAAUAUGCAGAGGAAGAAUUAGUACAGGUUCGCAUGGCUUUAAAAAAGGCUGAGAAGGAGUUUGAGUUGAGAAGUAAUUGGUCUGUUCCUGAAGCUUUGCAGAAGUGGCUUCAGUUAACACAUGAAGUUGAAGUACAAUAUUACAACAUCAAAAGACAGCAUGCAGAAAUGCAAUUAGCAAUUGCCAAAGAUGAGGCAGAAAAGAUAAAAAAGAAGAGAAGCACUGUAUUUGGAACAUUACAUGUUGCACACAGCUCCUCCCUGGAUGAAGUGGACCAUAAAAUUCUUGAAGCAAAGAAAGCACUCUCUGAGUUGACAACGUGUUUGCGAGAGCGUCUUUAUCGAUGGCAACAGAUUGAGAAGAUUUGCGGGUUUCAAAUCGCACACAAUUCUGGGCUACCAAGCUUGACCUCCUCUCUCUACUCUGAUCACAGCUGGGUAGUUAUGCCUCGAGUCUCCAUUCCUCCUUACCCAAUUGCAGGGGGAGUUGAUGACUUAGAUGAAGAUACUCCUCCAAUAGUUUCACAGUUUCAUGGGUCCAUUGUGAAACCUCCCAGCAGCACACUGGCAAGAAGCAGUAGCUUGUGUCGAUCAAGACGCAAUGUUGUGCCAUCAUCUCCGCAGUCUCAGCACGCUUUGCACUCCCCUGACCCUGACAUCCUUUCUGUGUCGAGCUGCCCAGCUCUUUAUCGAACUGAAGAGGAGGAGGAAGCCAUUUACUUCUCUGCUGAUAAACAAUGGAUCAAAAGCAAUGUCAGCUACUGGGCGAAGAGAAGAUGGAUGGUAACACAAUUCUUACAGCAUGUUGAGCGUGUACCUACUCUUGUUACAUGGCCUCAUAGGAAAAGGUUAAAUUCCUUUUGGAAGGAGCAAAUGAGCUUGUUGAAAGGGAAGUACAGGAAACCGGUUCGGAAUGUGACUCCUUAAAUUCAUCCAUUGGAAGGAAGCAGUCUCCUCCAGCAAGUCUUGAGAUGUACCAGACAAUUUCUCCUCAGAAAGUAUCCCCAGAAGAAUUCUCACUGGAGGAAUCAUCUACGGGAGACUCCUCUUCUUUAACUGCAGAUAUUUCUAGGGGCUCUCCUGACUGUGUAGGCAUGGCAGAAACUAAGAGCAUGAUCUUUAGUCCUGCAAGCAAAGUUUAUAAUGGAAUCCUGGAGAAGUCCUGCAGCAUGAACCAGCUUUCAACUGGGAUCCCAGUCCCAAAGCCUCGGCACACCUCGUGUUCUUCAACCGGCAGUGAUAGUAAACCCAGCCAUGAAGCUGCAUCUGUCCCCAGGAUAAGUAGCAUCCCGCAGGACCUCUGCCAAAAUGGUGAAAAAAAUAAAAAGCCAUCAAAAAUAAAAAACCUCUUCAAGAAGAAGUGUAAGUGAGAUGGGCAGAAGAAAACCUAUAGUAAUAUUAUGAGAACUCUAUUUUUUACACCUUUAGGAAUGUAAUUCCAUUUGAGCAUUCCAGACUGGAUGCCCUAAUGGAAUGCUCAGUAGGUCACCUAUAUUUAACUGACUGUAAUGGUCGUGCCAGCUGUCAAUGAGAAAUCAUUAAAAAGUUCAGACAGUUUACAUUAAUUUCUGCCUAUUUAUUUCUUUUUAUUUUAGUUUGUCUUUUUCAGUGUGUUUUUUUUUUUUUUUUAAUUUGUUGGUUUUUUUAAAGUUUAUUCAUAAACCAUUUUUAAGCCACUUUGGACUCCUAAGCUUUAAUGGACUAGUAAGCCUUCCUGGGCUUGCCAAAGUUUCUUGUUUACUGGAGCAUCUUCCUAUCUUUCCAUAGAACUAGGACAUUUGUCUACCGGACUUUAACAAAAAUAAAAGAAGUAGAACUAAAUGAAUUGCACUACUGUUUUACAGACUGGAACAGUCUCUGCAAGUGAAACUGAAAGACUUGUAUUUGACUGAGAAGAUAAAUCUUUUCACUUUUAGAUCUUUUGGGGUUUUUAAGUAGAAUUUAGCAUUUCUAAUUGACUUGAUUUCUGGAAAUGGAAAUGUCAUGCUUUUAUUAUGGGAAGCUUUGUUAGAUGCAUUUAUUAUUAGAAUGGUUCAAGUCCUGCUGUAAAGAUCAUUUUUUUCCCAGGACUUUCACUGUGAUUUUACUUCACUGCAGGCUGUAUGACAAAAAAAAAGUAAUUUAUCAAGAGAAAAGGCUCUUGAUUCCUUAUGCAAGUGAUGGUUGUGAAACUUGACUGAAGACUGAAAAUAUUCACUCUCUUACAGUGAGGAGAGGAAAUAGUAGCUUUUGUUUACAGACUGAGAGACAACGGACAUUUGGGUUGUGAAAGUUUGUGCUGUGGUAAAGAUAAUAAAUUGGAAACAUUAUUGUGCUUGGGAAUGUUCCAAUUUUAGCUGAUGCUUGUUUCAGACAUGUUUCAGAGUUCCUGUUAAUUGAAAGCUGUUGUAGGCUACAUUGCUUAUGCUUACUGCUGUGUAUAAGUUAUUAUUAUAUUUUUGGAAUUAGCUAUUAUUGUCUUAAUGUCCUCCUUUUGUAAGAUUUCAUACUUUAUUUUUGUAUAGUUUGAAGAUCUAGCUGUUCAGACAUGUCUGAAGUAAAUGGUAUAAUUUUAUAAUGCAUACUGUCAUACUAACUCAUAAUUUCAGAUAUAAAGAUAGAUAUAAAGGUGAGACUUGACAUGCUUCAGAUAAAAGCAAUUUUUGUUAAGCUUUUAUAGGGAGAGAUGAAAUGACUGUGAGGUAACAAGGAAGCCUUCUUAGGGUAGUGGUAGCUAGUUGUUCAAAAACAUGUUUUUAUUUUUUUUAAACAGUUGGAGACAAGAAAUAUACUACUUAAGCAACAGUGCCUUUUAUUCAGUUUGAAAAUAUUAAUACUGAGCAGGAAUUUCUUUUGAGACAAAUUCCAAAGAAAUAUUCCCUGCUCUAGUAAACACAAGCAAUUUACCCAAUGAUAACUAAACGGUUUCAGCUCUUCCAUAGGGGUGUUAUAGUUGCCUCAGUAGCAGGUGCCAUUGCCAGGGACCUGUGAUUAGGGCCUCACUUCUUGCCAAUAUGUACGUGAUGUACUGUACGAAAGAAUUAAUUCACUGAAUGCCUAAAUUUUUUCUAGCACGGAGUCUUCAAAACUUGUAGCUAGUUGAAAUAGAGUGAUACGUGUAUUUUCUUAUCAUUCUCUGUUUAGGUUCCACUGUACAUAACCAACGUGUUAGUUCUGUCCUUGAAGUGGUGGUGAUUUUAAGAAGGCGUUUACUGUGGCUAGUGAAAUGGUUAGAAGAGGGCGGUUAUAGAAUGGGAUGGAGACCUUACAUGUGCAAGUACCUUAAAAGUCCUGGUACAUUGAUUAAUUCCAUAAGAGAACACAAUGAAUCCAGAAUUGUACUGUCUAACAAAGAAUGAUUGUAUACCAUCUAUACAGAAAAGCAUAAGAGGAAUCAACUGUUUGGCAGAGUUUGGAGAAGAAAAAAUUGGGGGGAAUAGAAAAUAAUGACAGCAUAAUAUUGUUCCAUUAUUCUCCAAAUCAUCAGAUUGAACAGCCAUAGCUUCAAAAAAAAGUCAUUGCAAGGUAACAAUGGUCCCUUUGAACAAAGAUUGUACACCCUGUACAUGGCAGAGAAGAAAAGCAGCGAUGCAAAAAGACUUGUGCCAGAGAACCACCUCAAUGCUAAGCCUUCAGAGUUGUAGUUAAAAGCCUGAUGAAGUACUUGAACAUCUACAAAGGGAAAAAUUACUUUUAUAAACUUAGGGAACUUAUAGUGCCUCCCCGACAACAUGGAGAAGGCUACUACCAGAAAAGUGUUGAUGCAAUUGAGAAGUCUAUAGCAAUAAUUGAGUUUAAAGUAAGAUCUAGGACUGAGUAGUAGAUCUUGGUGUAAGGUUUGAGGAACUCUGUCUCUAUCAUUAUCAAAAAGAUGAAGUGGCAUUUUGAUACUGGAGAGUAAAUAUUUACACAUGAAAAAAAAUCUGGUACCAAGGAGUGGAAGGUCAGCUCUUCUUAAUCCUGAUAUCAAAGUCAGGCAAACUCAAAUACUGGAAGCCAAAACAGGCAAAUUCAGUUUUCUGUAGUAAGUAUAACUAAAAAAUUAAAUGGAGGACAUGUUAAACUCAUCAUUGGCUGUGAGUUUAAGUGUUAAGUAUCUUUUUAAAAUAAACAAUUUAACUAUCUUCAAGAAAAAAUAUGGUGUUGUACAAACAAAUCAGAUGAGAAUAUCAUAGUAAUAGAUUUUGGCUUCAAAAUGGCAAACCUUUGGAGAACAGACUGCUCUCAACACUCAGUUUAUUACCAGCUGUCCUCUAACUUUAUAGCUACUUCUUAAUAAAUAUUAGAUAUCUAAAAGCUUAAAUUAAUACAAUCAGAAGUGGUGAGUACUGUAUGUUGGAGCAGAAACUAAUUUUAAGUUAAUUGAGUUGGAUUUAUUUUUUAAUUAUUUUAAUAGACCGCUUCCGUUUCUUGCUGCCUAAAUUUGUCUGCAACGUAAGUGGCUUCCACUGCUUCUAUUGCGGCUAAUGCAGAAAUUCCUGUCUUGAACCAGUUAGUGUCCUUUUAGUAAGGGGAUGUUGAGAGCACUGACACUAAGGUAGAUCCUCAUUGGCAAACGUCAAAUCCAAUCCUGAUGUUGAAGUACCUGGCAUGUAUCAACACAUCAGAAGUGAGACAAUGUGCUUCAAAGGUCCUCUGUUCUGACUCCAUUUGCUUACCAGUGUAACUUGAACUUACUGGCAGUCAGUGAGUCUAGCCAGCGUUCCAACCACUAGGAUUUCAUAAGACACAUCAGUCAUUCUAGACAAUCAUCUAGUGUCAUUAGAGAUUUUUUUGUUUGUUUUGGGUUUUUUUGUUUUGUUUAGCUUUUAUAGCUAAAAUCCAUGUUUUAUUUUAAACUCUCCAGUAUUUCAAAAGGUGAGGAUCUUUGCUUUCUUCAGUAUUUUGUUAGAGUAUUUUGUCAAGACAGCAGCCCCUUUGUGGAAAUUGCCUAAAAGGCUUCUCCCUGAAGAGGUUACCGUUUAAGUCUUUUACCUGUAAAAUGAAGAAGUGUCAAAUGUGUGGUUCUAUACAAAGAAGGAGAAGAAAAACCUUUCCACAGUUCUUACUAAAGCUAUGUGACAAUUGUUUACUAAAAGAGUAAAGGUUUUGGAAAGGCAUUUCUAGUUGCCAUGGGAAAUACUUUUGACCAGUUUACAGUGGACUUAAAGAUUAAAGCAGUUGAUUUUUUAAAAAAAUUUUAUUUUUUUUCACUGCUUGGUGAUUGAAUUUAAAAUAGAUCAUUGACAGUUCCAGGCCUAUGCCAACUUUUCUUUCCCCACUGGUACCUACGUAGCAGAUUACCCUCUACUUCCUGAUGGACAAUUUGCUGAAAGAGGGAAGAUUCUCCAUCAUAGUCUAGGUAGUAUUGUUGUAGUAAGAAUACAGUUCCUCCUUUGGAAACCUUGAAGAUGGUGAAGCCAAGAAUACGUGACUUCAGUUUUGUUAUGAUAUUUAUGGAUGCCAACUGGAGUUAGGCAUUAAUUUGUGACUGAUUAUCUAAAAAGAUAAAAUUAAUUAGAAAGCUUUCAAGAUUUUGCCCUUUUGCUUCCCAAUAUAUAGGAACAUGGCAUGCAGGAGGGAAAUGAGCUAAUUAGCGUUUCUCAUACCACCAACUUUUAGAGCUUCAGGAUAAUUUCAUUCCAUUUCCAAGAUACAUUGUUGGAGAGGGAUUACUACCUUACAUAAUGUAUACAAAGAAAUAUUUGUUUUUCAUUUACUUAAAAGCAUAUUUACAAGCAGUGGAGAAUGUAAUAAAAUACAUUUUUUUUUAAAUCAAAUAGAGGAAUUACUAGUUCUUGGACUUCUUGUCUAUUUGCUUAUCUCCUUGUACAAUAUGUUAAGUAGGGUGAACAAGCUUUUCUAAUCAGUUCCAGUUGCUCUCACUUAAGGGGUGUGUGGGUGCCUUACUAUCAUGUUUGAAAUACUGCUCUAAAGUGCUUGUAGGCAUUUUAAUCCUGGAUGUUGCAUCUUCAUUGAUUAACAGUUAAGCCCACUGUGACUGUUUCAUUCUAACUGCUACUAAAAUUGUCUACCAGUGGCAGAGAUUUUGGGAUAACUAGUAACCAAAAAAGGCUUUUACCUGUAGAGUUUGACUGCCUGACAGUGUGUAAAUGUUUAGAUAACCAUUCUUUAAGGCUUCUGUAGCUGUUCAAAGGUGUCAUACAUAUGUUUCAUUCCCAGCCCUGUACAGAUGGUGUUUAUCUGACACUCCACUUAGUUCUCUGUUGCAUAAACAGAAUGCACCAGUGGUUACAAUUGUAACAAUAUUAACCUUUAAACUGUUAUUCCUAGGUGCUCUUGCAUCUGACAUUGCUUAAGCAAGAUGGCAGUACUCACAAGUCCGCGCAUUCAGAAACACAGUAGAUUUCUGUUACCUUUUGAUUUGCUCUGCAACUUUGAAUCUCAUGUUUACCAAAUAGUGUGUGUGUGUUCGGUGUAUUUAAUGUUCCACUGAAAUGAAAGUGGGAAGGUUGUUCUCAAUUUAGAUGUUAGGGAAAGCACAUUUGAGCAAGGUAAAAAGAAAUUCCUCUUGCUCAUUGCAGAGGAUGAAAAAGAGUUCAGAGGUAUUUCAUCUGCUCCUAAGUCAGAAGACUAGGGAACACUCACAACUUAGAUUGCUGGAGGUAAAAGGUACACUCAGUCUCAACCUUUCCCAUCAGUAACUGUUUAUCCAAGAAAAAACCCCCACUUUCUUCUUUAGGUGUACUCUUCAGGGCAUUACCUUUGUAUUUCUAAUUUCUAUUCUGUUUUUGACCUAGCAUUAAGUUUAGUAGUCACAGCACUAACUUAGGUGAUUGCCAGAGCUCAGAGCAGUUUCAGAUAAAUUUCCGUAGCAUGUCUUAAUUUUGUUUUAAUAUGUGCUAAAGACAUCUAAAUUAGAACUUUUCCCUUCACAUUCCUUUUACUUUAAUUCAACUCAGUUCUUUGUGAUCUCUCUACUGUUAAAAAAAUAAACAGGUACUGAUAGUUGUUUAUAGUUUAGAGUACUAUAAUUUUUUUUCAGUUGGGAAUUACUAACAGAUAAAUGGUAAAUAGUUGCCUUUUAAAGACUAGAUCAUGGUUGGAUAUUAUAAAAACACUGCUGUACUUUAGUUGAACUAGGUAGAGCACUGACUGGUGCAAUUUGUGAAUGAAUGGUAAAUUUAUCUUUCUUAAAUAAUCCUUUGUUUGUUUAUAUGUGUCUAAAGUUAAUGCUGCACAAUUAUUUUCAGACUUGAAUUCAUUUAAAAUUAAGGUCUGUAUGUCCAACCCUACAAAAGUCAGUCUUCAGUUGUCAGCCAUCACUCCAUUCUUACAGACAUUAAUUACAAUCUUGAAUAUUUGUACUAGCAUAGUAGGUGGCAGAAUGGAUUCCUGUAAGUCUUUGGGUGGAAGGCACAGAACUUCUGAAGUGAACCCUGUAACCUGUGUUCUUUAUCAGCUUUCAAAUCCAUCUCUCAGUAAGAUGGAGUCUCCCCAGGGGAAUGUAGAUGUACUUACUGCUUGGAACUUUGUAGUUAAUUAUAUUUGGCUCUCUAAUUCUAAUAACUUGCAUGUGCGCUAUGCUUGCUUGCUUAUCAAUGGCUGACAAAAGCUAUAGGAGAUCUUGGGGGUUUGUUUUAAAAAA